AUGUUGCAAUGGAUAUUUGUUAUCCUGGGAUUUUUAUCGUAUCAUGUGCAUUAUGUGUAUCUAUCUCCAUCUAGAACAUCACUUUUUAAUUUCACUGAAGAAGCCCGAGCUGCGAUGUGUCCAUUUGUUGGUACUGAAGGAAUGAUGUGUUUUGAUGGCAGUCCUGCUAAACGCUCUGACAGACAGUUGGAUUCGGGAUUUAUGAAGUUGCCACGUGGUGUCGGCAUGAGUGUCGAUCGAAGUACUGGCCAACUUAUGGCUGUAGCUGUACAAUUAACAUAUUCACCUGAAGGUAGUCGUACAUGGACUGAUGGUCAUAGCGGGGCAAUGUUUGAUAUAUUUAACGAGGCAGUACUCGGACCAGCUAACCAAGUGGUAAUGGCUUACGAUGCAGCUCGUGUUCACAUUUUUCAAAAUGCUUCAGAGUUAGAGGCAGCAUGGCGACAAACAUUUGCUGAUGGCAAAGUUCGUGGUGGAGAAUUAGCCCGUCCACCUAAUAUGCUUCAGUAUUUCAAUGGUUACUUCAACAAUAGCGAGGCUUUAGCACUUUCUCAACGUGUAAUUGGUCUGUAUACACUGACAUUAAAUGUCUCAACUCUGCAACUUAAUUCAUUCGCGCGCCAUGCACUUUCUCAGUUAACAACCACGUUGGAUCCAGAUCUUUAUGAAGAUUUUCUCGAUUCUUGGGGAACUCAUGUCAUUACUAAAUCACUUGUUGGUGGUAUGAUCGAGGAACGAGCUAAAGUAACACGAUGUUUCCGUGCCUCUAAUAAUGUUAUGUUCGGUCGGUGCAUACCAUUCGCGGACCGCACUCCAAAUAAUUCAACUUGUGCCUUCUAUGCUGCUCAAACACGCAUCAUUUCGAAACGUCGUCUUGGGGGCAAUGUAGUGGUCGACAACGAUGACGAAUGGAAAAGAUCGUUGGCUGUCGGACCUGCUCUCUUGCAGAUUCUUGAGAUGGUUCCGUGGUCUGAUUUGGUCACUGACGAUGCAAUAAAACAAAACUUACGCACAAUCAUUCGAUAUCGACAGAGAAAUGUCGAUUUGGUUCAAGCAGAAGCAGCUCGUCAAGUCGAUGCUCGUUUAUCUCCAUGCAUUUCAGUUCCACUCCGUUCGACUCUUUUAAAUUCUAAUUCGAUUUGGAAAAAGAAUGGCAUCACUGUGGCUGGAGGAAAUGGGGCAGGAGCUUCGACAAAUCAACUCAAUGUUCCACAUGGACUGUUUGUUGAUGAUGACCAAACACUUUACAUUGCGGAGUAUGGGAAUAGCCGCAUCAUUGAAUGGAAAUUUGGAGCUACUAAUGGUCGAGUUAUCGUAGGUGGAAAUGGACCAGGUUCUAGACUUGACCAGAUAAGUAACCCAGGUGAUGUGAUUGUCGAUAAAGUUAGAGAUUGUCUCUUCAUUGGUGAUAGUGGAAACAAUCGUGUUCUUCGAUGGUCUCUUCGAGGUGGAAACACUGGAGAAAUAAUCACUAACGAUGAAUCCAGAAGCGGCUCAUUGACAAUGGACGAACAAGGAUAUCUCUACGUUACUGAUGCCCACAGACAGCUAGUGAAACGAUGGGGAGUCGGAGAAAAUCAGGGAGUAGUGGUAGCAGGUGGAAAUGGGGUAGGAAAUCAGUUAAAUCAGUUCAAUAUACCAACAAAAGUCUUCGUCGAUCGAGAUCUUUCAGUUUAUGUAUCAGAUGGUAAUAAUGAUCGUGUGAUGAAAUGGGUGAAAGGUGCAAACAAAGGGAUUGUAGUGGCUGGUGGCCGCGGCAAAGGGAGUUCUCUUUCUCAACUAAAUUAUCCUGAAGGAGUCGUCGUCGAUCAGUUGGGAACUGUCUACGUUGCGGAUAGAGGAAAUCAUCGAAUAAUGCGUUGGCGGAAAGGUGCGGUAGAAGGACAGAUUAUUGUUGGUGAAAUGGGCGCUGGUUCUCAGUCGAAUCAACUGUCUUCACCAAUCGGUCUAUCUUUUGAUCGACAAGGAAAUCUCUUUGUAACUGACUUUGAAAAUAGUCGAGUUCAGAAGUUUGAAAUCAAUUGA